UGUGAGCGCACGCAGCAGUCACUUCAUUAGCGUAGAGUGUAGCUUCACACCAGGGUUAUUGUGGCGACCUUUCAGAACUGAAGCAGCUUAAAAGAUAAUGUAUAACUUAAAUGCAUGAACUUGACCUGCUGAAUCAACUAAUUGACCUCUAAAAAGUCUUCCUUCAAAACACCACUUUGCGCAUCAGAAGUAGGCUACCAGGCGUAGAACUGACGAGAGGGAGAGACCAUGCACUGUCAAGCCGAGCUGAGGCUCUCCACCCCCGGGCAGCUCAAAGCGGCAAGGAGACGCUACAAGACUUUCAUGAUCGACGAGAUCUUGUCCAAAGAGACUUGUGAUUAUUUUGAGAAACUUUCUCUCUACUCCGUGUGCCCUUCGCUCAUCGUUCGACCCAAGCCUCUCCAUUCAUGUCCAGGUUCAUCAUCUCUCCGUGCCUACCCGCUCCUGUCGGUGAUCACGCGGCAGCCCCCCACCCUGGCCCCAUCCCACCUGCCCCGGGAUGCCUCUCCUCCGGUGGGGCUGCCCUCUCACCUGCAGCACCCCCGCGGCCCUGAGCCCUCACCCAGCCAGACCCCCCUCAGCAUCAGCAGUGAGUCAGACACGGAGCACGGCACGCCACGCCUCAAGAAGCCACGUCGCAGUCGGACCAUCUUCACCGAACUGCAGCUCAUGGGACUGGAGAAGAAGUUUCAAAAGCAGAAGUAUCUCUCUACACCGGACAGGUUAGACCUCGCUCAGUCACUCGGACUCACUCAACUCCAAGUUAAGACGUGGUACCAGAACCGACGUAUGAAGUGGAAGAAAAUGGUCCUUAAAGGAGGUCACGAGGCCCCCACCAAACCAAAAGGGAGGCCGAAGAAAAACUCGAUCCCCACGACGGAGGAGAUUGAAGCUGAGGAGCGCAGACUACAGCAGGAGGAGGACGAGAGGAGGCGGAGGGCGGCUGGUGAAACGGCGUUAGCUCCAGAAAAUGAAGAGGAACAAGAGGUGUUUUUAGAGGAUGUGAGGGAAACUGGAACUCAUAACGCACCCGUGAUUGUGGAGGAAGGCGAGAAGAUGCAGCUUGUAAUGCCGUCAGAAUGCCAAAAUACAAGUUAAAUGUUAUCGACAUGCCAAAGACUGACGCCAGCCAGAACAAAGAGUGCCUCAGGGUCACUGUAAAAUGCCUGUGUUGUUAUAGCCAUAUGCUUUAAAUAGGGGUUGUGACUCUAACCAAAAUUCAACUUGUAGCCUUGGUAUUGUAAGUGGUAUUAUAUGAGCUGUAAUGAUGCUCGUUGCACUGGUAAAAAUCAGGAAUUUUCAAAACAAAUCUCCUUAUCUGCCUCAAGUUUCCUAUGUGCCAAAAAUUCAAUGUUUGCCUUAUAAAUAUGUAAUAAUAAAAUAAAUAAAAUAUGUAAUGACACCUAAUACCUGAUGCCUAAUACCUUCACUGCCAAAACUAUCUGUUGCUACGCAGUGCCUUCCUUGUUCUGAGAUGAAAUUUCACUUUAAGUUUGAAGUGAAUUUUACAGUGCAUUUAUUAUUUGUUUAUAAGAAAUUUAUAUCAAGUAAAUUUGCAAAAUUGUAUUCUAUGAAUGUAAAGCCAUAGACUGUAGAAUUGUGUAGAAAGGUGUGGAAUACAAAUAUGUCAUAUAAAAUACAAUUGUUUUCUGUGUUCCUUUUCCUUUUUUUAAAUUUUUUUUAAAUUUUCAGAACAGUGAACUCUUUUCAAGUUCUAAUUCCUGAACAACAAAACCCCCUAUGCAUUUAGAGUUGCGAGUCUUGCAUGAGCCCUAUCAGUAUGUUGUAUUAUCACAACAGUUUUACUUGUUUGCCUCUGACUGCUCCAUCCACAGUUUCUUUUUUAUGAAUUAUAAAGAUGUAUUUUUAUUUGAUAUUUUUCAUAUAAUAUUGCAGUAUUUUCCAGAUGUAAAUAGUGCCUUGUUGGGAAAGCUUGUUUGAUGUUUUUAUGUGUAUAAAGUUAUUUUUAC